UUCAGUUUCAAGAUAAAUAUAAAUCAUGGUUUAUUGGAGAGACUUUAAGAAGAACACUAGCAUUCAGGGUUUAAUGUAUUGCUUCUACAGAGGGCGUUCUAACCUCGAAUGGUUAUUUUGGAUUUUUGCGUUUCUGGUAUGCAUUAUGGCACUUCUUGUGAUGUUCAUAAACAUGAUCCAAUUAUACCAAGUUCAACCCAUUCAUAAUGUUGUGAAUAAAAAUAACUAUCCGGUAAAUGCAAUACCUGCCCCGGCAUUAACAAUCUGCCUAAAGCCCAGUUUUGAAAUGAAUUUUGAUAUAUGUUCCUGGUAUUACAAACAAGAAAGUGAAUACACAAAAUUGGACUAUCUAAAAAAAUACAUCUUACAAAUGAUGAAUCGAGUAGAAAAUGAUGACGAAAUAAAUGUUGAUUAUGUCGAUAUUAAUGAAUUCAUUUUAUUUACCAGAUUGGGUAGCGCAAAUUUAAUCAAUCUUAUCAAAUGUACCAUGGAUUUGGGGAACCAGCCCUGUUUCAAAAGCUGGCAGACAAUUUUGACACCUCUUGGAAUGUGUAUUUCUUACAAUAUGGUAGCUUUGGAAGAUUUGUACAGGGAAAACGUUACAAUACCUAAUUUGGGGCUAGAUGUGUAUCCACAUAGAAUUUUGGGAGCAGGAAGGAAAGCAUCGAUGGCAAUAGACGUUAAAGAUGUCACCAAAAGCAAGCGGAAGAAAACAAAGAAGAAAAAAAGUGACAUAAGAUUUGGAUGCAUGCCAGAUAAAUCAUCCGGGAUGUAUCUUGUAGUGCACAAUCCAAGUGAUAUUCCAGAUUUUACCAAACCGUUGUCUGCCCAAUUUGGCUGGUUAUCGGAAAUAGGAUACACUCCAACGCUUACAGAUAUUACGGACUCAAUUAAAGGGGACAGCCCAAAGAAUAGAGGCUGCUAUAUGCACGGUGAAAAAUAUUUAAGGUUAGUCUAUCAAAUCUUGAAAAUUGUCUAUGUACUGCACCUUUAUCUGCUGGCAAAGGUAUGGAAAAAUUUGACCAGAUGA